GACACGACUCGCGAGGGAAGAGAGCGAGCAAGCGAGAGCGCCUCGCCCGCCACAAGCCCCUCCCCAGCGGAAGAGGGCGUCACCCGGCCUGGCACUGCAGGCGCCUGUGCUGCUGGGACGUCCCUCCUGCCGCCAUAGGCGGGGCUUCCCUUGUCACCUAUGCUCUUGGCGCCGCUGGAAGGCGGCACGGAAGGAAGGAGGUCACGUUGCCGUUUGGGGCGGCGCCAGUUGGCAGAGGGAAAACACUGGAGCGGGCGGCCGGGCGCUGUGCUGAAGAGCAGCAGGCGGGCGGGAGAUGGCGGACAACGACCCCCAAAGCGCCAGGGACCUCUCUCAGUUUGCAGAAAAUCUACUACAGCAGGUGCAUGAUAAUGUUCAAGUGUUGGCUGACAAAUUAGCGCUACGAAUGGAAGACAUGGGUGAGCGUAUAGAUGAUCUUGAAAAACACGUUAAUGGACUCUUGGCACAAGCUGGUGUAGAAAAUGCCAGUGAAGAACUAAGGCCCUGAAGACAUCAAGACGACGGGAAAAAAUCAUGUACUAUUCAAACUUGCAGUCUGUAAAUAGCUUCUUCAAUUAUACAGAAUUUAAUACAGUCAAUUUUAUUUUUAAAACUGUCUGUGAUGAAUAAGCUACCUUUGUACACAGUAGUAGCUGCAGUAGAAAAAGCUAUGAACAUCUGCAGAGGUUAUUCUUGCACUAAAGGAAAAAUUCUUAUUCCAACAAGUUUUCUCAAGAUUUAAAACUAGGUUUCAAUUCCAAGCAGACUCUUUAAUUAUAGUGUGAAUAAACUUACAAUCCUUGUU